CAAACCUUAAAUCCUCAUACCAGCCUCACUAGUAGCUACUUCUACCUCCUCCUCCUCUCUUUCUGUGUAUAGUAGAAAAUGAGGACUAGUGGCACCGUUCCAAGCUUGCCAUUAUUCUCUCUCUUGUUCAUUAUGCAUAGUGUAUUCUUUUGGAGUGCAACCGGCAUCUACGGCAACUGGCAGAGCGCCCACGCGACGUUUUAUGGCGGCAGCGAUGCAGCGGGCACAAUGGGAGGAGCAUGUGGGUACGGCAACUUGUACAGCCAGGGCUACGGGACCCAAACGGCCGCUCUGAGCACCGCUUUGUUCAACAGUGGCUUGAGCUGCGGAUCGUGCUACGAGCUUCAAUGCAGCAACGACCCGAAAUGGUGCAUUCCCCGCACGAUUAUAGUUACUGCCACCAACUUCUGCCCCCCUAACUACGCAUUGGCUAGUGACAACGGAGGGUGGUGCAACCCUCCUCGCAUGCACUUCGACUUGGCUGAGCCCGCGUUCUUGAAGAUUGCCCAGUACCGAGCUGGGAUUGUCCCCGUGAGCUUCAGAAGGGUGCCAUGCGUGAAGAAAGGAGGUAUAAGGUUCACAAUCAAUGGCCAUUCAUACUUCAACUUGGUGCUGGUCACAAAUGUAGCUGGUGCAGGGGAUGUCCAUGCAGUGUCCAUCAAGGGUCCAACGACUGGGUGGAUGUCAAUGUCGAGGAACUGGGGGCAGAAUUGGCAGAGCAAUUCAUACCUUAAUGGCCAAAGCCUCUCCUUCAAGGUCACCGCCAGCGACGGUCGGACCCUCACGACCUAUAAUGUCGUCCCAGCAGGUUGGCAAUUCGGACAGACUUUCGAAGGCGGCCAAUUUUAGGUGAAUGAAAACGAUCUAUCUGAGGAGGGGGGGUAAAAGGAAAAUCAAUAGAAAAAAGAGAUCGAUAUAUAACAUAUAAACAUGUAUCCCUGGUUAAUAUAGGAGAUAAGUAGCUCAUAGAUUUGGACUCCUGGAAUCUACCUCAAAAAGGAAAAGGAAAAAGAAAAGAAUAUGAAGUCACUAAAGGCUUAGAAUAAGGGCAACUUGGUUAAGUUGCCUUGAUUAGGUAUAUGCAAAAAUACGAAAUACAUAAUUUCGGUUGAAGUUUGUUUCGCUGAAGAUGGAUUCUUGAAAAAGCUACAGAACAAGAGGGAACGAAAUUCUCUCCAAGAGUGCAGGUGUUUGAUUUGGUGUCGUGUGUCAAUACAUGUGUGCCAUUCAAGAUGAACCGGCACUGUAAUCUUCCCCUUUAGUGUCAUAUAAUAUAUCAGAAUUGAACCA